AAGUGUGCAUGAUAUAAGUUACGACAGUACAGAGUAUCCUUCUGCCAUUGGAAGCUAAUCAAAAGUGAAGGUUCAAUUUCCCAUUUGCUAUUAUGAUUACAGAGAGGGAAAUCACGAUGACAGGUGUUUCUUACAGGUUUAAUACCUUUGUGUGUUGCCUCCUUGUGAUAAUUUCAUCUCUAACCAACGCCCAGCCAAACUUUUUAUAUAAAUUCUGUAUUGAUCAACAAGGCAACUACACAGCAAACAGCACCUAUCAGCACAACCUUAAUACCCUUUUGUCCAAUCUCUCUUCCAACACAGAAAUUAAAUACGGUUUCUACAAUUUCUCGUAUGGCCAAAACAGUGACAAGGUAAAUGCCAUAGGGCUAUGCAGAGGAGACGUUAAACAAAAUGAAUGUCUCAGCUGCCUCAACAAUUCAAGAGUGCUUCUCCCACGGCUUUGUCCAAACCAGAAAGAGGCAAUUGGGUGGUACGACAAUUGCAUGUUGCGCUACUCCGACCGCUCAAUAUUUGGUCUCAUGGAGGCUUCACCCUCGUUUUAUAUGUGGAACUUAAACAAUGCAACAGAUGUGGAUCGGUUCAAUGAAGUGUUGAGAAAGUUGUUGGAGAGCCUAAGAGACAAAGCUGCACCAGGUGAUUCACGUAAGUUUGGUGUAGCAAACUUAGUCGGUCCAAGUUUUCAAACCAUAUAUGGUCUUGUACAGUGUACACCUGAUUUGUCUCAACAGGACUGCUACAACUGCUUGACUGGAGCUAUCUCAGAAAUCCCAAAUUGUUGUAAUAACAAAAUAGGUGGUAGGGUUAUUAGACCCAGUUGUAAUUUCAGAUAUGAAAAUUACCGCUUCUAUGAACCUUCUGCAGAAGCAUCACCACCGUCACCGCAGCCAAUGCCUUCACCACCUUCACUCUCCUCCAAUAAUAACACUUCCUCUCAAGGAAACAGCAACACAGCACGAACUGCCAUCGCCAUAGCUGUGCCAAUUGCUGUUGUUUUGGUGCUCAGUACUUUUAUCUGCAUCUAUUUAAGGGUGAGGAAGCCACGGGAAGUUUUUGCAAAUGAAAAUGAAGAUGAAGAUGAAAUUAAAACCAGGGAGUCAUUGCAAUUCCAUUUUGAUACCAUAAGAGUCGCUACAGAUGACUUCUCAGAUUCUAAUAAACUUGGACAAGGUGGAUUUGGAGCUGUAUACAGGGGUAGGCUAUCAAAUGGACAAGAGAUUGCAGUUAAAAGGUUGUCGAGGGAAUCUGGUCAAGGGGACGUGGAAUUUAAGAAUGAAGUGCUUUUAGUGGCCAAGCUCCAACACCGAAAUUUAGUUAGGCUACUUGGUUUCUCUUUGGAAGGAAGUGAAAAGCUACUCGUCUAUGAAUUUGUUCCUAACAAAAGCCUUGAUUACUUUAUAUUUGAUCCAAUCAAGAAAGUACAAUUGGAUUGGGAAAUGCGCUACAAAAUCAUUGUAGGUAUUGCUCGAGGCCUUGUAUACCUUCACGAAGAUUCCAUACUGCGCAUUAUACAUCGUGAUCUUAAGCCAAGUAACAUUCUCUUGGAUGAAGAGAUGAAUCCAAAGAUAUCUGAUUUUGGCAUGGCAAGACUGUUUGUUGUGGAUCAAACUCAAGGAAAUACAAGUAAAAUUGUUGGAACCUAUGGAUAUAUGGCACCUGAAUAUGCAAUGCAUGGACAAUUUUCAGUAAAAUCAGAUGUCUUUAGUUUUGGUGUACUAGUUCUUGAGAUUGUAAGUGGUCAAAAGAACACCGGCAUUCGUCAUGGGGAAAAUAUAGAGGAUCUAAUGAAUUUCGCAUGGAGAAACUGGAGGGGCGGGACAGCCACAAACAUUAUAGACCCAUCACUAAACAACGGUUCACAAAAUGAAAUGAUGAGAUGCAUCCACAUUGGUUUACUAUGUGUUCAAGAAAAUGUAGCUGAUAGACCAACCAUGGCUACCAUUGCUCUCAUGCUUAAUAGCCAUUCUCUUUCUCUUCCAGUGCCUUCCGAACCUGCUUUUUUUAUGGACAGGGAUGAGUAUAGUUCAAGGCCAAGUGAAUCGCCAAUAAAAUCAGAUAAAGAAUCAGUGAAUGAGGUUUCAAUUACUGAGCUGUAUCCUCGCUAGAUUUUGGUCGUAGCAGCAAAGUCAUGGAACUGAUCAUAAUUUUUGUGCCAUGUCUUGUUUAAAAAUUGACCACAGAUUCUCUCUGUUUAAUCCGAGACUGAAACCUGGAAUGUGAUAUGUAGUUGGUGUUAGUGUAAGCUAUGGCUAUAUAGCUAGCAGCUCCCUUACCCUUUGAAUUUGAAUAAGGGUAUUACCUGUAUUUCUUAACUUAAAAUAAAAUUUUCUAAAUAUAUAAGUCGCAUAUUU